CUAGAAUACGAAGUGGAAAUAGCAGCAGCACCACACUGUAAAGUCUUGGCUUCCAAAUUUACAGAUGUACUAAGCAAGCAUAUAUUAGAAUAAUCAGCAAUCCAUCCACUCAGUGGAGGUGCUGCUUCUCUGCUGCGCUAUGACUGCGAAAGCAUUUCUUCUCUCCCACACCAGUUGUUCUCCUCCCAGUAACUUCCCUCCAAAAAGGAAUUUCAAUUUUCAUUCUUUUCACGGCUAUACUACUACUGGGAGAGGUCCAUUUCGAUAUGAGGAAGGAUUAGUUAAGAGGAACACUAAUAGUUGGAAGGUGUGGGCUGAUGUCGAAUCAAAGCCCUUCAAAAUUGCUGACUCGUCAGAAUCGUUAAAGUUAGACGAUCCCAUCUCGGAUGCUUUGUUGAGAAAGAAAGAAGAUGGAGAUAACUUAGUGGGUCUUCCUUGGUGGCAACAAGAGUUCCCAAAGCGUUGGGUCAUUGUGCUUCUUUGUUCUUCCGCUUUUCUUCUUUGCAAUAUGGAUAGAGUAAACAUGAGUAUCGCCAUACUUCCCAUGGCAUCUGAAUUUCACUGGAGUCCUACCACUGUUGGUUUAAUACAAUCUUCAUUUUUCUGGGGUUAUCUUCUUACUCAGAUAGCAGGAGGUAUAUGGGCAGACACUGUUGGUGGGAAGGCUGUCUUAGGAUUUGGAGUAGUGUGGUGGUCUGUUUCUACAGUUCUCACGCCCAUUGCUGCAAAGCUUGGAUUGCCCUUCUUAUUUGUUGUUCGAGCUUUCAUGGGAAUUGGUGAGGGCGUUGCGAUGCCGGCAAUGAAUAACAUUCUAUCUAAAUGGGUUCCUGUAUCCGAAAGAAGUAGAUCUCUGGCACUAGUCUAUAGUGGAAUGUAUCUUGGAUCUGUGACUGGCCUAGCAUUUUCGCCUUUGCUGAUACACAAGUUUGGCUGGCCUUCUGUCUUCUUUUCUUUUGGUUCUUUAGGCACUGUAUGGAUUGCAGUGUGGCUCAGUAAGGCAUACAGUUCACCCCUGGAUGAUCCUGAGCUGCGGCCUGAAGAAAAGAAGCUUAUUCUUAGUAGCUGUGUUUCCAAGGAACCUGUUAAAUCAAUCCCUUGGAAAUUGAUUCUAUCAAAGCCACCUGUAUGGGCCUUGAUAGUGUCUCACUUCUGUCACAACUGGGGGACAUUUAUUCUUCUUACCUGGAUGCCUACAUAUUAUCACCAGGUAUUAAAGUUUAAUCUUACAGAAUCGGGACUUGUUGCCGUCGUGCCAUGGCUCACAAUGGCAGUCUCUGCAAAUGUUGGCGGAUGGAUUGCAGAUUCCCUGGUGAGGAGAGGUGUUUCAGUGACUGUAGUCAGAAAGAUUAUGCAAACAAUAGGAUUUCUUGGACCUGCUUUCUUUUUAACCCAGUUGAGCCAUGUCGACUCUCCUGCAAUGGCAGUUCUAUGUAUGUCCUGCAGUCAGGGAAGUGAUGCUUUUUCACAAUCUGGUUUGUAUUCAAACCAUCAGGAUAUUGCUCCACGGUAUUCUGGAGUACUACUUGGACUUUCCAAUACUGCUGGGGUGCUGGCUGGGGUUUUUGGCACAGCAGCAACUGGUUACAUCUUGCAACAUGGUUCUUGGGAUGAUGUCUUUAAGGUUUCAGUUGGGCUUUACUUGGUUGGAACCGUAGUUUGGAAUGCGUUUUCGACUGGUGAGAAGAUUAUUGAUUGAAACUUCUAAGUGAUUUCCAUGGAGACAGCUGCUCAAGCCCUUCGUGUUGUGCUGGACAUGCGCUGCAAUCAGAAACGCGUGAUUGGUUAAGAAUUGGAGAGGAAAAGAGUUUUAGAUCGAUUUAGUUGAGAAUAGGUGGGAGUAUUUUUGGCAGUGUACCAGCAGAGGAGGGAACAAAUGUUUUUGACAGUGGGUUGAUUUAAACAAGGAGACUCCAAGAUUUCCACGAAGAUACCAAACUAUAUAGCACUUGGUUUCAACAACCAAAUGAAGGAUACAUCAUUGACAUAGCUUGUAAAUCUGUGUAAAGUUACUAAUCAAAUCAUGCAGUAGUAUACCUAAAACGGUUUCAAUAUUUUCUCAUGUUUUGUAAGAAUUAAGGUUACAAUUAGUAUUUAAUCCCACUGACCAAAUUUGCGUGGUAGACAA